AUGAAAACUUAUGGUCGGAGAAUGGGCACACCUGUCCUACUUAAAACAAUAGAUUUAGACCUUCCCAUUGAUUUUAGUGAUGAUAAUUCUAUAAGUGGAACAGAUAUUGAUGAAAACCAUAUAACUGAACCUUCAGAUAGGCAUAUAUCUCUGGAUUCUAUUGAGCUAGAUGAUUCUGGGAAUAAUGAUAUUAUCAAUUCACAAUUGUCUCGGCAGUCCUCAGAAAUAUCAUCUCAACUUAAUAAUAAAGAUAUAAAAACCAAUAAUUCUUUCCCUCAAUAUAGUUCUGAUACAAUUAAAAAUAAAAGACUAAACCAACAAGAUAUGGAAGAAUUUGAAUUCUUAGAUUUACCUAAACGAUCCUUAAAAAAGCGUAAAAAGACAAAUUAUAAAAAAAAAAUUGUUAAAGAAUUAAACGAUAUAGAUACAGAAGAAAGUACUCAAGAAUUACAAAGCAGAGAUAACUCAAGCUCUGAAGUAUUUGAAGGUGUCAAGAAUGUUGGUAGAUAUUUAUCAACUUUAAAACCUGAUGGAUUUGGUUUAUUACACGUUGAAGAAGAGAGUGAUCAUCCUGAUAAUACUACUAACAAUAUUAAUAAAUACAUGCAACCAUUUGCAUCGAGCAAAGCCAGAUUAUAUGGACAUUCGCGUACUAUUCUAGUAGAUAAUCGAGAAGAUGAUCAUGAAUCAGAUAAAGAUGGUACUGAGAUCAAGAAUUACGAGGAUGAAGAACUUUAUAAGGAAGAAAAUGGUACUGCAGAUACCUCGAUGUCGAGUUUUAAAAUGGAGUAUAUUAAAACUUUCCAUUAUUCUGAGUUAAAAAAUAUGGGGGAUACUUUGAAGUAUCAAGAUGAAUUAGAGUUUCUUUCCCUCGAUACAAACGAUAUGUCCCUCAAGGAAAAUUUUGUAAUUAAUAAAUUCGUAAAUUUAGCACUGCUAUUGAACUCUGAAGUUGAUUUCUUCGCUUAUGUCCAAAAAUAUAAGGCAACAGAUAUUUGGGAAUGGUGUUUCCCAAAAAAUAGAAUAUUUUCAGAUCCCGUAUUGAUUCUAUUACAAGGAUUUUUUGCUUCUACAUUAUUUAACGAAAACUUUGGUGCCACUCCAUCAUAUUUCAGUAACUUUUUAAUAAAAUUGCAAAAGCAAGUAAGAAUCCCCAAACUUCAGUCUGAUUUAUCUAAGAUGGCCUGUUUAAAUUUUCAAGAUUUUUUAAAUUUUACCAAUAAUAAACUUGGAAUUGACUAUUCGUUUGAGAUCUUUUCUAAAUAUAAGAGAGACAUACUUAUUGAUAAUAGUCAGGCAGUUUUAUCAUCAUGUAUAGAUUAUAUUUCUAGAAUCGUUGAUAUUGAAGAAUUGAGUAAUUUGGAAGCGAUUUUCCAAGUAUUGAACAUUUUGUUAGAGAAUGAUAUUAAAAACAUGGAAAUUACAAAUGUUGAAAAACUGAAAAUUAUAGACUUUUUAAUGAAAUUGAUGAAUACCGAAUAUAUUAAUACUAUGGAUUUCAAUAAAUGUUUAAUUCUAUUGACCAAUGAUGAAGAGUUAAUAAUAGAAAAUAGUACAAGAAAUGAAAUAGUAAAUCAUUGUUUCAAGUAUUUUAUUGCAUCCAUAGAUAUUAUAAACGAUGCUACACGAAAUACAUCAGAAGAUUACAAACUACUACCAUUAUUGGAUAUCAAUGUUUUAAUUUUAAAGCUUGGAUUAUGUUUAAACGUAGUUAGUUCUUCUCAGAUUUCUUUAGAUAUACAUUGUGAGUCAUCAUGGUCCGAUUUAACUAUUUUAAUGCAUUCAAUAUCAACUACAAACCCCUCUAAAUCAGAUAAUCUAGAGCCACAAGUGGAGUUCAUAUACAAUAUGAUAUUACUUAACGUUGCUUAUCUGUAUAUCAAACAAAAUAAUGAUGAGCAUUUAAAGAAAAAAGAUCUCAAUUUAAUAGUUGUUUCACUUAAAAAAUUUUAUGAAGAUACAAAUGAUUAUAAUGAAAGUAUUCAUUUGAAAAUCAAAAAGCUUUAG